AUGGGCAACGAGCCAAGCAGACCCCCUUCCGCCUCAUCAGCCGCUCUCAACGUUAUUGGCACAUCCACACCUGAGGGGAACUCUGGUUUGAAUGAGAAGUUGAAAGAGCCCUUAAAUUGCGGUCACGUCGUUUCUGUCGAAAAAAGGCCAAGUACCUCCAAGGUUAUACGCGCUAUACACAAAUUGGGCCCAACAGCGUCUCUACUAUCGUUGAACAAGCCCACGACUCACGAAUGCAAAGCCACGGCCUCAGCUCCAGGUCAUAACCUUGUGCUUGACUCCCAUAUCUCCUAUGUGGUCGAAUCCCACAAGGCCGCUGCAUUACCCAAUCCCAGUCUUCUUGAAAUUGAAAACCUGUCCGGUGAUGAGCCGCGCGCGCUCACUGAGGCUCCGUUGUCGAAGCCUGCCACCGUCGUAGAUUCCUUUUGCACUCCCAGUUCGGUGACUGGCGAUGCAAAGGAACUCGCGGUCACCAGCAGUGCCUCACUAUCAUCAAUAGAUAUCCCCGAAAGCUUUGAGAUCCCCAGCACAAGCCUACCCGUCGGGCCGGCAGAGGUGUCCAUUGAGUUGGAUCGCGUUAACCUUGACGUCCCCUUUGAGGCUGACCAGAACACUGAUUCCAUUACACCAAUUUUACGGAAUGACGACGGGCAUAAUCAUGGUAAUAUUAAAGCACCCUUAAUUCAGGCAUCCUUGGAAAAAUCAGCUCAAUAUACAUACGAAGCAAAGCAUAUAUUCACUCUAGCAAACUGUUCUGAUAUUUCCGAUACACUUAACAUAGAAUUCUCCUCCAUUACUCCUGAAGAUGUUUCACAAUAUCACAAUAUUUCAAAAACUCAGGAAAUCUUUGCAAGCUGUCCAUCCACUACUUUAACACCAGCAAAAGGAGUUGUAGAAGCCGCAAGGCCUCCUCAUUCUGAUUUCAUUGUAUCUAUAGACACAAUAGAGCCCAGCUUCCCGUCUGGCAUCGAUGGUUUCUCAAAAGAAGGACCCUCCGUACAACCUGCUUCUCCUUCAUUCACAAUCACCUGCAUCGAUAAAGAUCAAACUUGUAGUAGCAAUGACACCCUUUCUAGGAGCCCGUUUAAUACCAGCGAGGCGAAACCUCCGAGCAUCGCUAAUACGAACAUACCAGCGGCAAAUACAUAUGCUGAAGCAACAAACCUUGCGGCCCGCUUCCCAGAUUUGGCCUCAGAGAUCCUCUUUCUUCCCCUCCGUCCUGGGGCUGACACACAAGUUCCGGAAGACGGGCUUAAAGAGUCCAAGGUCAAGGUACAGAAAACCCUCGAAAAAGAUAAACUAUUUCGUUCCUCGUCCCAAGGAGGCCGCACACGAUUCAAAGAGAAGAGGCAGCAGGCGCGACAAUCGAAAGGAAAAGGACAACAACAAUCAUCCAGUGCUAAAACUCCGGUCACUCGUACUCCUAUGGCCUUGGGGUUAGCCACCAUUACAGACCACAGGCAUACGGACGAUAGCCCGAAUUGGGCUGCGGCGCCGCUUCCUCCAGCCGUGGCUCGCACGCCGUCGCUGCCCACGAAUCUUCAUAGUGCCUCUGGUGGAAACUCGACUAGGAAUGACCAUAAACAUAGGAGGCAUGGGAAAAGGAAGGAAAGCUCCAGGGAUAUGGAAGAGAUGCACGGGUCUAAGAAUAAGCAAGUCAAAAGAGACAUAGCUCCCACGGAUGUCAGUCGGAACCACAAAGUAACUCCAGGACAUUCCCUGGCUGCUCAGAAGCAAUUGCCCCGAACUGCAGCCUCUUUGAACCCCGCCCCACCUCAGUCAGUAAAGCCGAGCAUUCCUAGUUGGGCAGUCGAAUCCAGGACUCCCAUUCGAGGCCAAUCAACCACCUCCGAUCCUCGCAUUACUAUCACGUCUACUUCGGAAGAGGCUGCCAAUCAGACAUCAUUGGUUCGUUCGGAUACUGUGAUCCUUAAUGAGCUUUUUUCGCGAGCAAUGAGCAUGCGCGACAAUGACCGUGGACCCAAUAUGGAAAGUCCGAUUGUCCCAGGUGUGAGAAGGAAAUCGACAACGAGCGUUGAACCUGAAGCGAACCGUUCACAAGCUAACAUUGGAAGAGCUGCGGCCUCGGAGGAUCGUAAAGUGGACGCAUCUGGUUAUCAAUUCCCAGCUUCAUCCUUCUCCUUUGGUACAGUGACGCCGCCAGUAAAGGUGCAGCGUGGUACAAUAGACGAGUCUAGGCCGAUGAUCCCGUUACGACGUAGUCCGCAAGAAUCACACGGUUCAGUCCCUGAAUGGCGUACUAAAUCUUUGGGUUUGAACAGAGAUGGCCACACGGACAGGAGUCAGCGAAUACCAAUCGAUUUAUGGAAGACUCAGCCCGCGCACUCGAACCAGAUCGAAGGGACUCUACGCGAGAUACAAGAGCUUAUGAACAACACGAACGCCCCUCUCAAUUUCCAAAGGUCAUCUGGAGUUCCAACAAAAGGACGGACUGCGCAUCAGUUCACAGAGCACUGGACACCGAAUACCAGUUCCGUAUUAGCCGUUGAACGUAACACAGGAGAAAACUCGUCAUCGUUUACUUUCGACCAUGCGAUAGGCACAAAUAUGACGGCUCUCGCGGGGAAUAUCAGUUCUCUUCCUCGGCGCCCUUCUCUUGCAAAUGCAGAAAUGGCAACAUCUUUCCUUCCUGCUCUUGGGGGCCUGCAAGACUAUUAUGGUCGCCUGAUAUAUGAUGGAGGUAUGACGAGGGAAGGAUUUAUAGAAAUAUCCAGGCGUGAAGAUGGUUCGAGCAGGCCGACUGAUAAUGAAAGAAGUGUUAUCUCCGGCCCUCGCAACGGAGGGCUGACGAAUCGCCGGAAGGAGGAGGGAGAUAUGUUAGGCCGACUGCAUUAA